AUGUCGAAAACGUUCGCUUUCAUCUGCACCGGGCCCGGCGUGAACCAGGAUGCUCGAAAGGACGUCAGGUUCGCAGCACGAUCUCACACGGCUAAAGUGAACCGCAAUCGACGGAAACAAGCCUUGUCGCGCAGGCGAAUGACCACCCCGAUGCUGGGCAUGCAGCCCAGGCAGUCCGCAGCGCUAUUUGGAGCAUCGAAUAGCGCCAUGCCGGAUAUCUCGUCACCUGCAGUGGCCGAUAUCGUUGACUUUUUAUUCCGUAGCGUGCUCACGCAACCGUUCACGCCAAGUGAGAUCGGCCACUGGUUUCAGGGCUUCUGUGAGACGCCAUUGCUGUACCACUCGUGGGCUCAUCAUCGCUUCUUCGUUGAAAGUCGGAUGCGAAGAGAUCUCCCUGGCGAUCGAUGGCAGUCCAUGGUCUCAACGAGGUCCAGCGCCCACCAUCUCAUUGGAGACUCGCUCUCAGAUCCGGGUAAUGAUCGAGAGAGCAUCGAAAAGCUCCUCCUUGCCAUGGCACUCACCAGUCAGCAUGAAAGAGAUGCUUCAACAGUCGAUGAUCUACCAUUAUGCAUACCGCACAUGCUUUAUACCGAAGGUUUUGAUGUAUUCCGCGUCAGGCAGUUGGACGGCUUUCUCCCGGCCGCAGUAUCACUCAUCAGCCGACUUCCCGACGGUCUUGAAUCAUUGGUAGACACUGGGCUGUUCCGCAUCAUGUGCAUGGUUGAUCUCUUAUCCGCAGCCGCGAGUUUCGCCCACCCUUUCUUUCCAUGUGGCUGGGAACAUCCUUUCCACAUUGACCUUUCGACGACCAGCGACGAAGCGAUGCCUGGCCAUGGCUUCCAUCGACUUGGCCUGCAAGGCGCUCUCCCGCGGUCAACAAUAUUGGUCAAGCCCUGUCAUUUGGACCGGUUCAUGGCAAACUACGAUAAGAUGCAUCUCUCAUCAAGUGACUUCCAAGAUCUUUUAGCUUGGCGCAAUGCUGUUGUGCAUGAGCUGCUUUCCUUGCCCACGUGGGAGGGGUUGUCCGACGAAGAGAAGUCGACGUCAUUCCAAGGUCUCUAUGAGUGCUGUCGGCUAGCCGCAACAUUAUAUUGCAACGCUAUCAUAUGUGCAACUCCAGCGGGCAGCAGGGGAAUCACAGAGCCGUUGCGUCAACUGACAGCAUUUCUGGAGGUGUUCUCCACCUGGCGGCUGGAGUUAAGCGAAGUAGCAUUGUGGGCCUCGUUCGUGGGAGGGCUCGCUUCCUAUGGUACCGAGUACUGGAAACCCAUCGUCCGAAGCGCUCGAUAUUUGACGAAAAUCUGCGGGAUCUCGUCAAUAGACGAAGUUCAGACGGUGCUACAUCGCUGGCUAUGGUCCGACAGCGCAUGCGAGCUCGGUACAAGAGCUCUCUGGACAGCUCUAAGUGUGGAGAACGACGAUAUACGAAUAGAAUACCAAACAGAACAGUAA